UAUUAUCAUAACUCGUCAAAGGCAUCCGAGUUAUUCUUUCUGUUUAGACUUUAAGUUAAAGGUAGCAGUUUAUCUUUUUCAGCGCAAAUUAAAAUUAAUACAGUUUCUUCAGUUUUCUUGUAUAUUAACGCUGCAAAACAGCAUUAUGGGGAGGUAGUUCUAUUCUAAACUUGGUCCAAGACUGGUGUUGUUCAUUUUGGAAUCCUUGCUACGUGGAAUCUGGAAUAAUCUCAGCUUUCUUCUGUACUCGUACUUUCCUACCUGCUGAAUCCGGGUCUGAUGAGCCACGGUGGCCGUGAACCUCAGUGUGAUUACAGAGUUCAUUUUUGCGCUCAGAGAGUACUGAGGAGAUUUCUAGCGCACGAGCGCAGCAAACCGCCAAGAUGUUUAAAAAUCUCAAGAAGAAAAUGGAAGAUGUUGGCGCUGAUCUGAGCGCUGUGGCGCUACCCGGAACACUGGGCUCUUCGCAGUCAAGUCUUCGACGCUCUGAGAGCAAAAUGUCCAGCAUGACUGCGUCACGCGAGAGCCUGCAGAGUAUUCAUUCAGAUUCACCGCGCGUUAUCCGAACAGCUUCUAUCUCUUCUGGAGAUGCAUCUGUCGCAGCGAAUAAUAUUGUCCCGUUGCCCCUGCUCAUUGAGCCGGAAAGUGACGCAAAUCAUACCCAGGAUAUUAUAGACAGCGAGUUAAGCGUGAUAGAUCUUACGGACGCAGCAUCUACCCUGAGUAUUUCCGAUGCCGCUGCACCUCCCUCGAGCCCGAGACCCGAUCCAUCCGUGUCGAUUGUGGAUGAGCCGGUGCUGGAUAACCUGGAUUCGAGUCCCGUUCUGCUGCCGAAAAUAGUUGACGAAUUUUCACUGCACAGAAGCCAAAGUUUAUCUCCAGAGCCGCUGAUAUUCCAGGAUAAUUUGGUCAAAGAAUUAGAAUCUCUUAGAGCACAGGUGAAACAAAAGGAAUCUGAUGAUCAGAACUGGAAGAGUGCGUUGGCUAAUAAGGAUUUGGAAUGUGCGAAACUGAAAGCGGAAUUGGAGAGGUAUAGAGAAGCUGUCAGCCGACAUCGAGCAAACGAAGACCGCGUAUUGGAAGCGAAUAAAAAACUUGCUGAUGUAACGGAGCAGCUGGAUACUUUGAAGCUCGAACGAGAUUCUUGGAGGAUCGCCCACGACCAGGCUGAAAAGCGUAGCAAAGAUAGAGAUACCACAGUGCAAAGCAUGCAAAGGCGAAUAUCUGACCUUGACAGCAAAUUGUCGCUGGCUAAAACUGCCAUUUCUGAUCAAACGACAGAAAUCGAAAAAUACCGUGAAGAGAACGCUUCGGUCAAAGCUUCGGUAGGAACAUUGGACAAACAGAUCGACAAGCUUUUGGAAGAUAUUCGGAAUGAGCGCCAUCUCAAGGAAGCAGCGCAAGUCGAAUUAGGAAAGAACCAGGACACCGCUCAGGAACAGAUUAAACAGCUGAACGAACGAAUUCAAAUGUUUUCAGAACAACACCAACAGGAACUCGGUAACGCGCGGCAGAUCAUCAUAGAAAAAGAAAAACAGUUGGAAACUGUUCGAAAUAACGCCGCAGAUGCCUCGAAAUCACAGCGAGAGGAGAGGGAAAAUAACGAGAAAAAAUUGCAAAUUAUGCUGGACGAACGGUCGCAAGAAAAUACUGAUCUGAGAAGAAUCAUUAGUGAAAAUGAGAACAUAAUCAGUGCUUUAAACCAGAAGAUUUCUGAGAUGGAAGUUCGCACAAAAACUCUUGAGGAAGAUUUGGAAGGCAAAGAGACUACUUUGGCAAUCAUCCGGCGGCGGUCAGCAAAAGAUAUGGAAUCAAAAUUACGUGAACGUGAUCGCCAAAUUGCGAGUUUGGAGCGGCAAAUGCAGGAGUUAUCCGAAAAAAUGGCACAGGUGGCGCUCGUGGAAACUCCCGAUGAGACUGGUGAUCAGUACAAGAAAAAUGUUCUUUUGAAAUUCGUCACCGGAUCUUUUGAUGAGGCGUUGCAGCUGGUGCGCGCGGUGUCAGUUUUGCUUAGUCUGACACAGGCAGAGGAAUUAUGGCUGCGGGAGAUCUUAGCAUGGAAACAGUCUUGGCUGCCGGGGCCAAAACCGGAACUGCACUCAAAGGCAUCCCAAAACGGAACUUGAUCAUGCGAUCACCUGUUGCGCUUUCAUUCAAAAUCUGUUUAGCCACAAACGUUCGCCUGGUUGUCUCUCUUCCGGUUGGCUGUGAUAGAAUUGGGAAAUAAUUACAUUGUCCAGUGCCCACUGUGUAUCUGAUGAUAUUUAUGCCGCAUUUUGCGAGUUUUAUACUGAUUGAUGUCUUCUGAUUUUUCUUGUAAAGUGUGAGUUGCAUUUAUGCAGUCGCUGAAGUUGAGAUCAUUUAAGUAUUUAUUUAAAAUGUGCUUGUUGUUAAUAAUGUUAGAGCGCCUUUAUUAUCGAAUCGGUUUUGAUCAUUAAAGAAGGGUAUACUUUUG